AUGUGUGCAACGUCGGUUGACAAUCUGUCCAAAGCCACCAAAGAGAUUGACGCUGAGCUUCCAGACGCCAAGGACCGGUACUGGACGUGCGUCGUAGAUAUCGCCAACUUAGACAGUGUUCGGUCUUGGAUCGAGGAGACUGUAGCUAAAUUCGGAAAGCUUGAUGGAGCCGCAAACGUCGCUGCGGUGGAGCAACGCGAGAUCUUCCCUAUAACCGACCUCGACCCAGAAUACUUCGCUAGGCUGCUCAACGUAAACGUUGUUGGUACUUUCCAUUGCUUGAAAGAAGAAAUGAAGGUCAUCAAGGACGGUGGCUCAAUCGUCAAUGUUGGAAGCAUCGCGAGCCACUACGGAACGCCUGGCACAUCGGGCAGCGGAUGCUUCAACACAGAAAUGAUGACGAAGUAG